AUGUGGCGGUUCUUCGUGAGCUCCUCACCCGAUCGGGGAGAGGAAGGCUGCUCGGCGCCUACAGACAGAUCCCGAUUCAGGUCAGCGCCCAUCAACGACAUCUUCGAGGAGAUCUUUUCGAUGGUCGCCUUCAACUUCUACGAUGACAAGUACAGGUUCGAAACAGCCGAGACGGUCAUCCUGGGGGUCACCGACAACCUCGAUGAGAUGGUGCUCGAGAUCAAGAAGAGCCGGAAGGAGGAGCUCACCGAUACGACCGCCUGUCGGGCACGCUGGGCCCGGAUGCGGAUCGCAUGUCCCUCACCCCCGCAGCUGGUUCGCUCGCUCCAGCAGUGGAACAAGCUGAUCCUGUCAGGGCCACCGAGGGAGAUCUCCCUCAGGUGCGAGAAGAAGUGCAACGUGGUCAUCUUCACAGAUGGGUUCACUCCGGAAUCAAGGAAGUCAGAGAAGGGUGAGGACAAGGUCGGGGCGUUCAUGUUCGAUCGCACUGCGAAUCCCCCCUUCCAGUUCUCCGAGAUCAUCGACAAGGACAUCUCGAAACGUUGGCUUCGGAGGAAGACUCAGAUCGUCCCCAUGGGAUGA